AUGAACGGUCAAUGGCGCUCUGUUGAACUUUUCAAUCUUGCGUUUGAUUGCUUAAGGAUGGGUGCAAACGGCAUUGCAAUGGUAAAACCUGAUGAAGGUGGAGGGCUUCCAAUACCUGAUCCACAUGGUGGUGUUGACGCCGUUAUUGACGCUGGUGAAGACGAUAUUGAAGAGUACGAUGACAGCUUGGUUCGAUCGUUACUCAACGUUUUUGAAGAUUAA